AUGAGAAACAAGGCUGAACUCGAAGCCAGUCUCCACGUUCUCACCACCCAAAAGAUGGCUGCUGCCGCCGAGGCAGAAGCUGCAGCCUACGAGGAAGAGGAGAUUGAAAGCGGGGAGAAGCACCAAGAGCCAUACGUCCCGGGAAAGCCUUUCAGCGCCUUUGAACGUGCAGGCAACUACGUGCAGCAGCACUCAGCGAUGUUCGGCAGAGAACCACCACCGGCGACAGAUGCACCGCUGCACAGACUCGCCGAACCAGCUGCUCAUUAUAGCCCAAUGCCACUCAUAACCAACAUAAAAAAGGAAGAACCAUCUCCACGUAAGUCUCCUCCGGUGCUGCCCCGACCAUCUCCCAGUCCGCACAAGGGAUUCCUUCCCAUGCCUCAGCUGUCUCCCAGUCCGCACAGGGGCACCUCCUCCGAGCCACAGCCAGCACAAGACCUCGCCAAGUACCUCAUGCGGCGAGAAAUGGUGAGCUCAGGCCUGCUUCAGUUCGAUGAUCGCCCUGACCAUUUCUGGUCAUGGAAAGCCUCCUUCCUCAGCGCCACCCAGGACCUGAAUCUGACAUCCAGGGAAGAACUGGAUCUGCUCAGCAGAGCAGGCCUCCACAUGGUGUGGCAACGUGUGGAGGAAUGCUACGGGACACCAGAAGCCGUAGAAGAUGCACUGCUAAAAAAGAUUGAAGAUUUCCCAAAGCUAACCAACAAAGACAAUGCCAAACUCAGAGAACUCGGUGAUAUCCUCCUGGAACUGGAGUGUGCCAAGGAAGAAGGAUACCUACCAGGCCUUGCCUUUUUGGAUACAGCUCGCGGAGUGAACCCAAUCGCAGAGAAGCUACCAUACAGCCUACAAGAGAGAUGGAUAUCGACCGGAUUCAGGUUCAAAGAGGAAAACGGCGUAGCCUACCCUCCAUUCUCCAUAUUCUCACAGUUUGUCCGGCGACAGGCUAAAGUGCGGAAUGACCCAAGCUUCGCCUUCGCCACCUCCAGCAGCCACACGCCACCAAAAGCAGAGAGUGCCGUGAAACACGGCUACAAAGUAAGUGUGCACAAGACAGAGGUCUCACCCAGAUCCAGCUACGGUGACAGCAGAUCUGCGGAGAUGAAGACAGGCGACCCAGACCGUGAGUGUCCUAUACACAGGAAGCCACACCCACUCAAAAGGUGUAGGACAUUCAGAUCCAAGCCUAUUGAAGAACGUAAGGCUUACCUCAAAGACAACCGCAUCUGCUUCAAGUGCUGUGGGUCAACUCAACACAUGGCAAAAGACUGCAGAGUGCCAAUCAAAUGCGCCGAGUGCAACAGCGAGAGACACAUCGCGGCUCUACACCCAGGCCCUCCGGUCUUCAACGACAGUGCCGUCACGGAGAAGGAGGAAAGCGGGGAGCCGGAUGAAGACACGCCCACAGUCACUUCCAAGUGCACAGAGAUUUGCAGCAAUGCAGACAGCCCACGAUCAUGUGCCAAGAUCUGCCUGAUUAAAGUCUAUCCUGCUGGGAGAAAGGACAAAGCCGUCAAGAUGUAUGCAGUGCUGGAUGAACAGAUUAACAAGUCACUCGCAAAGACAGAGUUCUUCAAUCUCUUCGGCCUCAAAGCCAGUCCAGCCCCAUACACACUGAAGACCUGCACGGGGACGACAGAGACCUCCGGCAGGCGAGUCAACAACUUCAUGCUUGAAUCUAUGGAUGGGAAACUACAACUCCCUCUCCCCACGCUAAUCGAGUGUGACAUGGUGCCGGAUGACAGAUCUGAAAUCCCAUCUCCAGACGUCGCAAAGCACCACCCCCAUCUACAGCCAGUGGCGCACAGGAUCUCAGCCGUGGACCCGAACGCACCCAUCCUCGUGCUCCUGGGAAGAGACAUUCUCAGAGUGCAUAAGGUGCGUGAGCAUAUCAACGGGCCACACAACGCUCCCUAUGCACAACGGCUCGACCUGGGCUGGGUCAUCGUGGGCGAAGCUUGCCUGGGGACAGCCCACAAACCAACCGAAGUCAACGUGCUGCAAAAUGACCAAACAUCUUUUCUCCAUCCCUGUCCAAAUAACACCCAGGCGAAAGAAGGCUACAGCAACACACCGCAGCCACACAACUCUCUCUCACUCCCCUGUGAGGAGGACGCAGGCUGGGCAGCGGGCAGAGACAGCCUCCGCCUCUCAGUGUUCGAGAGCUCCAAAGAUGACAACAAACCAGCAAUAAGGCAUCCUGGCCCACUCAGAACAACACUGGAGAAAAAGAUCAGAGACCAGAUGGACAUUAAUGUGGACGCUGUCAGGGUGACCCGCAUCAGACGAUCCACGCACCCGGACCAGCGGUCAUAUGUCCCAACGGACCAGAAUCCUGCGGAUCAUACCACAAGAUACAUGCCUACACCACAGCUACAGCAAAGCAGCUGGUACUCCGGUCCUGGUUUCCUGACACGCAACAACACAGAGGAAACCCCGGAGCCCCAUGUCUUCACGCUGCUGGAGCCCGAAGCAGACGCUGAGAUCCGACCUGAGGUCACCGCUCUGGCUACCAGGGCCACAGACACUCAGCUGGUCUCACAGCGGUGUGUGACCCGCCGCAAGAUGCACGGAAGGCUACAGGACCAGAAGAUGGCAGACCUGCCUGCCGACAGACCCGCACCCAAGCCUCCAUUCACCAACGUGGGCCUUGGUGUCUUCGGGCCAUGGGCCAUCAUGACACGGACAGUCCUCACCCCAGCAAUGCUGCUUACCCAGAAGAUGAGCACCGUCUCAGCCCCCUCUGGGAACUUCCAGACGGCGGAUCUGCAAAAUGAAUGUUUGUCUAAGUUCCUCACGGGUGGCCGGGACUCUUACUUUGACGCCUGGUUGCGUCUGUUGGCAUGGGGACGAUGCAGUUUUCCCAACCUGGAUGACGUCACCCUCAGGAUUCCCGGAAACCAGCCGCGAAUCCUGCAGCCCGUCGCCUUGGCUCUGUCGUUGAAUCCUAUAUCCCGUCUCCCGCAUCUCACCGCUGUCUGCUCAUGUUCAGCUCAGGCAAACAGCCACAGACGACACAAGAGAGAAUGGAUCAUACCACCCACAAAACUGGAGGAAAACGUGGACUAUACUGAACGAGAGUUCAUUGCCAAGAUUCGCUCAGACAACGAUGAGACGAGAUCAGUGAAAUACAGCCUGUCUGGACCAGGAGCAAGCAAGCCACCCGUCAACACCUUUAUCAUCGACCCCAACACUGGCUCUGUGAAGAUCACCAAAAUUUUGGACCGAGAGGAAAUCCAUCAGUAUAAUCUCACUGGAAUUGCCAAGUACACUGACGGUUCUGAGGCAGAGGAAGCCAUUGAUCUGAAAAUAAUUGUCAUUGAUCAAAAUGACAACGCUCCGGAGUUUAAGAUCCACAGGGGCAGUGUCAGAGAAUGCAGCACAGUCGGGACCGUUAUAAUGGAUGUGUCUGCCCAUGACAAGGACAAGAGUGGCACAAUUAAUUCAAAGAUUGCCUACAGCAUCAUCAAGCAAGAGCCUGCAGGUUCUGGAAUGCUGUUCUCUAUCGACAGGGACACAGGGCAGCUGUUUGUGAAAGAGCCAACUCUGGACCGAGAGACCCACGACUUCUAUGAACUGGUUGUCCAAGGAGUGGAUCUGGAUGGGGCCCCAAAUGGAAACACCGCCACUGGCACAGUGCAGAUUACUCUACGCGACAUCAAUGACAAUGUCCCUACUCUGGAGAAAGAGGAGUACUUGGGCAGUGUGGAUGAAGGAGCUGUGGAUUUGGUGGUGAUGAGACUCAAAGCUUUCGAUGUGGAUUUAGUGGACAGUGAUAACUGGCUGGCUGUUUUCAACAUUGUUGCUGGUAAUGAAGAAGGUCUCUUCACGAUCCACACAGAUCCCAAGACCAAUGAAGGUAUCCUGAAGCUGGUUAAGCCUCUGGACUAUGAAAAAAUCAAAAAGCUGGACCUUGGGUUGGAGAUAGAGAAUGUCGCUCCAUUCAUCAAUGGCACUGCUUUAGCACUUGGACUGGGAUUUGGACUUGACCUAGAUCUGGACUUGGAUUUAGAUGCUGGAGCUGGUGUAGGUGUUGGUGCAGGCGGUGGAGUUGGUGCUGGCAUCAAUAUCGGAGUGAAUCCGGGUGUUGGAAUGGAUUUGGGUCUAGAUGCUGAUUUGGGUCUGGAUGCUGAUUUGGGUCUGGAUGCUGAUUUGGAUCUGGAUGCUGAUUUGGGAGGUGGCGUCGGUAUAGGCGGCCAUCCCAACAUUGAUGUCUCCCUUGAAGGUAAACCUAUCCAGUCUGGUACCAAACCAGGGAAACCAAGGCCCAAACCAGCCAAAAAACCUAAACCGGGUAAAAGGCCACCUGGUAAAAGUUAUCCUAUUUCAAUUGCGGUGAACAACAUGCCAGAUGGACCUAGUUUUGAUCCUGGGGUAAAAGAUGUGCCACUGUCAGAAAACCCAGAGGAGAUUGAACUGCACUCAGUCAUAGCUGUAUAUCCAGCUGUAGACGGAGAUACAGGAGAGGAAUUGGAUAAUGUCAAGUAUGCGAAAGGACAUGACCCUGACAACUGGUUAGUUAUUGAUGAGGACACGGCUGAGAUUAGACUCAACAAGAUGCCAGAUCGAGAGUCUCCAUUCGUAGUGGAUGGCACAUACACUGCUGAGGUCCUCUGUCUAGCCCAAGAUGGAUCAGGCAAGACAGCCACAGGUACCAUAGCCAUACAAGUACAGGAUUCAAAUGACCACUGCCCACAACUGACGAGCACAUACCAGAACAUCUGCGAGGAUUCUAAAGUUGUGUACAUGUCCGCUUUUGAUGAAGAUUUCAGUCCCAAUGGAGAACCGUUCCACUUUUCCAUAAUUUCAGAGGAGAGCACAGGACCAUGGGAGAUGGAGAAGCUCAAUGACACAACAGUGGCACUGCGUCCACUAGAGCUCUUGUGGACAGGGAUCUACAAGAUCACAGUGGAAGUGUCUGAUGCACAGGGCCUGUACUGUCCAGACAAGCAGACGCUGGAACUGGAAGUCUGUACCUGCACAGACGGAGCUAGCUGCAGCCUCUGGGGAUAUCUGGAUGGUUCCUCCCCUCAUGCCUCCUCUGUCAAUUUUGGGGCUCCUGCUAUUGGCCUUCUGAUGACAGGGCUGGCCGUCUUAUUGGUGGUCCCUCUACUGCUGCUAUUCUGCCAAUGUGGAUCUGCAGCUGGCAGCUCUCGCUUCAUUGAUCUGCCAUUCGAUGCUAAAGCGUACCUGAUUCCAUACCACACUGAGGGCAAGGGUGAAGAUAAGGAAGUCCCCAUACACCUAGUGCCUGUAGUUAUGUCAGCGGCAGCACCCGUGGCCCUCCAGUCAGCAGUGGAGCAAACCACUCAAAUGUCCAGCAGCACCUACAGCCACAUGCAGCAGAUGAGCAGGUUUGAAGCAACCCAACAUGUCGAGUCAGACAUGUGGACCAUGGCAGAGCACGCAGCAAUGGGCCAGAGUAAUAUGCUCAACACUCACCAGAGAGGCUCAACACACCAGGCCUUCAUCCAGCAGUACAACCAGCAGUCCGGCAUGGCGGCCCUAUAUGGAGAUAUCGCUCUACCUGAAGGGUUCCUGAUGGAAUACUUCUCCCAGAAGGCAGCAUGCACAGCUACGCAGGUUCCAGAGAAGGACACUUUGCUGGAAUAUGGCUAUGAAGGGAAAGGAUCUCCUGCGGGUUCUGUGGGUUGCUGCAGCCUCCUGGGGUCUGACGAUGACCUCCAGUUCCUUGACGACCUGGGGAAAAAGUUUACCACCCUUGCCCAGAUCUGCAAGCCACCAAGACCGAUCGUGGAACAUAUGGAGACAUCGCUGCAAGCUAACGUUAAGCGAGACAGUUCCAUGUCUGUCAGCACUGUAAAGGUGACCAACGAUCCUACUCCUCCUUCUCCCCCUUCUGUCCACGCUGAAACCACGGAGAUCUGCAGGACAUUCAGCAGCUCUGCAACUCUUCCCAGGAUGCAACUGUGCGAGACCAUGGCCAUGCCCACCCAGACUGUGUUGGUGCAGCAGCAGCCCCUGUACUACAUGGUUGAGCCGCAGGUUCAGAGCAGAGUGCUGCUGGCUGAGAGGCCCCCAGUGGGCCUGGGUCAGGGAGUGAUCCUGGUGAACAGGAGCCAGACAGCCACAGAGAGGGUGCUGCUGCAAGGGGGAGGUCUAGUGCAGGAAGGAGCAUUAGUGCAGGGAGGAGGUCUAAUGCAGGGUGGUCGAGUGCAGGGGGGAAGCCUGCUGCAAGGAGGAGUUCUAGUGCAGGGAGGAGGUGUAGUGCAUGGGGGAGGGAUGCUGCAGGGGGCUCAGGGCUUGGUGAUGUCCCAGAGCGAGCACAUUCAGGGGACACAGGGUUUGGUGGUGAGGCAGGGAGGGCACAUUCAGGGGACACAGGGUUUGGUGGUGUCCCAGAGCGAGCACAUUCAGGGGACACAGGGUUUGGUGGUGAGGCAGGGAGGGCACAUUCAGGGGACACAGGGUUUGGUGCUGAUGGAGCAACAUGUAGGUUCACUACAGAGAAGUGGAGUCCUGGGAUCCCAUAGUGAUGAAAUGCUGCUGGGUGAGGAAAAUCAUUGGCGGUCCUUCCAGUCCAACAGUCCACACUCUACCCAGCGGUAGUCUCCUACGUGGCAUUAGAGUCUUGGCCCACCUUGGGUGUGAUCCUGCAGCACAGAGCCUCAGGGUGAAAACAAAGAGCCAAAUUAAUUAGCAGAGUAACAGUUAAUGCUAAAGAGCUAAGUCUUCAUUUGUAAAAGAACAAGGCUAUUGUCUUGAAGCAGCUCAUUUAAUACAUGACAUUUGUAAGGGAGUCAAGUAAGGAAAAAGUACAGGACUUGCAGUUGAGUUCUUAAGAAAGAUCUAGAGCAUAAUAGCUCAAUCUAGCUCCAACCACAAAGCAAACAGAAGAUUCAGUCUAAUGCAUAGUGCCUUAAACUGUUGGAACUAGCAAAUACUGAUGCAAAAAGUAAACCUUUCAAAUAAUACAAUAAACUCAAUAAAAUACAAUGAAAUACAUUUAAACCAUAAGGUCUUGAGAAGACCUGGUAUAAUUACUGUCAUGGACAAAUAGUAGUUAUUAGUGUACUAACACGAGACAUGUUUAGCAAUAUCUAUUGACCACCUAUUGUGUAUUGACUAGCACGUUGUGCUUAAGGCUAGAUGGAUGCAUAACCGCACAAUCCAACAGAUUUCCUAAGAAAAUAAUGUAUUUGUUGUUGUGGUACACUUUGUUGUUGUGGUGGUGUUGUGAUUUUUCCCUUCACAACAGAACAGAAGUUUCUUGCAUUUUUCCAUAAUGCAAGCAUAAUACACUCCAUGUACAAUUAAACAUGUAAUAAUAUAA